GCAGGCGGCGGCGGCGGGCGGCGCCGGCGGUGCCCCGGGCGCGCUCGCACACGCGCUCACACACACACAUACACACGGCCUCGUACACACUCACACACGCUCCGGCGCGCACACGCGGCGCGCAGGCCAGAGGGAGGCGGCUCGGUGGCUCGGCGGCGGCGGCGGCGGCGUGCUCCGCGGGCGGGCGGGAGGGCUGGCGGGCGGCCCCCGCUCCCCAGCUCGGCGGCUCGGUGCAGCCCGCGCGGCCCCCGCCCUCGGACCCGCCCCCGGGGGUCGCCCGGCCCCAUGCCCUGCAGCGGCGGCGGAGCAGCGCGCGGCCGCGGGAGGCUCUGAGGAGCCCGGAGGGAGCCGGCAACGAGGGGACCAUGUACCGGGACCCGGAGGCGGCCAGCCCAGGGGCACCCACCCGCGAUGUCCUGCUGGUCUCUGCCAUCAUCACCGUCAGCCUUAGCGUCACUGUCGUCCUCUGCGGCCUCUGCCACUGGUGUCAGCGCAAACUGGGCAAACGCUACAAGAAUUCCUUGGAGACCGUGGGCACGCCAGACUCGGGGCGUGGACGCAGUGAGAAGAAAGCCAUCAACGAUCUAGACAGAGACUUUUGGAAUAACAAUGAGAGCACAGUGCAGCAGAAAUGGAGCUCCUACCCUCCCAAGGAGUUUAUUCUAAACAUUUCACCCUACGCCCCUUAUGGCGACCCACGACUGUCCCUCAAUGGCACCCUCCUGUCGGGCGCCAAAGUGGCCGCCGCGGCGGGGCUGGCGGUGGAGCGGGAAGGCCGGCUGGGGGAGAAGCCGGCGCCGGUGCCGCCACCCGGAGAGGACGCCUUGAGAAGCGGCGGGGCUGCCCCCAGCGAGCCGGGCAGCGGUGGCAAGGCGGGGAGAGGCCGCUGGCGGACGGUGCAGAGCCACCUGGCCGCAGGGAAGCUCAACUUGUCCAAUUUCGAGGACUCCACCCUGUCCACGACCACUACCCUUGAGUCUAUCCCCAGCUCCACGGGAGAGCCGAAAUGCCAGCGACCCCGCCCCCCUGAUUGCGGCCAGGCAGGAGCCUGCAGCAACCGGUUGAACCCAGCCAGCAAGCGGGGGCCGGGCAGCCCCAACCCAGCCCCCCCCCAAGCCCAGAGCCUGGGGCCCAACCUGCAAGGGCCCCCCGCGGCCUCAGCCCCCGGGGCCCCCAAACCCCCGGGGCCCUAUGGCCGGGGCCAGGCUCGGCAAGGCACCUCGGCCGGCUCCAAGUACCGGGCGGCCGGGGGCCGCAGCCGCUCCAACCCGGGCAGCUGGGACCACGUGGUGGGGCAGAUUCGAAACCGAGGCUUGGACAUGAAAUCCUUCCUGGAAGGCCGGAUGGUGGUGCUAUCCUUGGUCUUAGGGCUUUCGGAGCAGGAUGACUUUGCCAAUAUCCCUGACCUGCAAAACCCAGGAACCCAGCAGAACCAGAACGCUCAGGGGGACAAGAGGUUGCCUGCAGGCGGGAAGGCAGUGACCACAGCCCCAGUGCCGGGCCAGACGCCCCACGAUGAGUCUGACCGCCGGACUGAGCCCCGCUCCUCCGUCUCCGACCUCGUCAACUCCCUCACCAGCGAGAUGCUCAUGCUCUCCCCAGGCUCCGAGGAGGACGAGGCCCACGAGGGCUGCAGCCGAGAGAACCUGGGCCGGAUCCAGUUCAGCGUCGGCUACAACUUCCAGGAGUCCACGCUCACCGUGAAGAUCAUGAAAGCCCAGGAGCUGCCAGCCAAGGACUUCAGUGGCACCAGUGACCCCUUUGUCAAGAUCUACCUGCUGCCAGACAAGAAGCACAAGCUGGAGACCAAGGUGAAACGGAAGAACCUGAACCCCCACUGGAACGAGACCUUUCUCUUUGAAGGUUUUCCCUACGAGAAGGUGGUGCAGAGAGUCCUCUACCUCCAGGUCCUGGACUAUGACCGCUUCAGCCGCAAUGACCCCAUUGGGGAGGUGUCCAUCCCCCUCAACAAGGUGGACCUGACCCAGAUGCAGACCUUCUGGAAGGAUCUGAAGCCAUGCAGCGAUGGGAGCGGGAGCCGAGGGGAGCUGCUCUUGUCUCUCUGCUACAACCCCUCUGCCAACUCCAUCAUCGUGAAUAUCAUCAAAGCCCGGAACCUCAAAGCCAUGGACAUUGGGGGCACAUCAGACCCCUACGUGAAGGUGUGGCUGAUGUACAAAGACAAGCGGGUGGAGAAAAAGAAGACGGUGACCAUGAAGAGGAACCUGAACCCCAUCUUCAACGAGUCCUUCGCCUUCGACAUCCCCACGGAGAAGCUCAGAGAGACCACCAUCAUCAUUACCGUGAUGGACAAGGACAAGCUCAGCCGCAAUGACGUCAUCGGCAAGAUCUACCUGUCCUGGAAGAGCGGGCCAGGGGAGGUGAAACACUGGAAGGACAUGAUCGCCCGUCCCCGCCAGCCCGUGGCCCAGUGGCACCAGCUGAAGGCCUGAGUGGGGCCGAGGGAGGCCCAGGGGGCUGAGGCCCGGGGCCCCAUCGUGCCCUCACCACUUUAUGCACAAUGCCCGGCCUGGCCAUCCCCCGUCAUGGGUGAGGGGAGGACCCUGAGGGCUCAGCCAGGGAGGGGCCCCGGGACUCAAUGGGGCCCCAUUUCUAGGAAGUACUAGCCCCAUCCCCCACCGGUCCAGCUCAGGGGAGGGGCUCUGGGAGCCAUUUUCCUGCUUUGCCCCUUUCCUGAUUUGCGGAUACCCAAGAAGUGGGGGGGCUCUCAGGAGCCGCGCGGGCAGGUCCCUCCAGAGGCCCGUCAGGUGGGCGUGGUCCCCCGUUUUCUUUAAGGCAGUGCCUGGAGUGGAGAGAGUUCCAGGAGAAGGGGGGCCGGGGCACUUGGCCCCAGCCCCCACAGGGCAGUCUCAGAGGCCGGCUGGGCCCUGAGCUCCGAGGAUAGUGUGUAGUGUGUUCCUGGGGCCUGGAGCCAUGGCCCUGUGCACCUCUGUUGUGUCCACCAUGUGUGUGCGUGCGUGUGCGUGGGUGUGUGUGCGCGUGUGCAUCUGUGCGCAUGGGGGCGGCUUGCUCCCUGACCCCUGGGGCCGGCAGUGCUGCGGACGAUGCGGAGAAGGCUGGAGGCUGGGAAAAGGCACGGCCAUGGCGCCAGGGGCUGGGAGAGGAGGGACAGGUGUGGGCUGGGCAGGGUGGGGCAGAGGGUCAGACCCUGGCGCGGAGCUGAAAAGGGGGCUGCCUCCUGCAUCCCCCACUCCGCCCCCUCCAGGAACUCCUUCCCCAGCGAUUUCGUCCCUUGGACAUCGGCUCAGACCUUUUAGGCACCUGCCAUGUGCCCAGCAUUGCACCAAGACUCACCUAACCCCUUCCUUCUCAGGGGCCCCCAGACCCCGCCAGCUUCUCCCCAAAAUCUGCCCCAAAGACACCCCUGCCCCCCAGACCUCAUCUCAACCCAGUGAUUGACAAUGCCCAAGCCUUCCAGCUUCCUGGCCUCACCCCCCCACCCGUGCACACCCCCACCCCUCCCUCCUGCUCCCCACACACCUUCGGCCCCGCCCAUCCCCUCUCUCCUGGCAUGUGUGGUCUCUGAUCCACCGCCUGACCUUGGCCAUCACUGUCUUCUCACUUUCUCCAGAACUGCUCCUCCUGCCCCUCCCACUCGCCAUGCCGGCACAGGAGGCAGGGGAAAUUCCAGAUUCUCCGAGUUCUGAGGUUGCCCUCCAUGCAAAAGCUGGUUGUGGGGUCUCCACCUCGGCUACUGCUGAGACCAGAACUGGCUACUCCCUGGAGACAGCAGAUUUCAGGAUGACUCCUGCUUAAGCCUCCCAUCCCCACGCUGGCCCUCGUGCUGACACAAGCCCCAGCUGGUGACAGAGCCUUGGAAGCAAGGGAGGCGGGGUGGGAGUGUCCAGGAGCCUGGACCCGAGAUUCCCAGAAGACACCACCAGGUGGCGCCAGGACUCCGCAGUCUGUAGCCACGGUCUCUGGGUGGGGGUGACACCCCAAGAAAGGGAGGGAACUCUGGGCGGGGUCCCCACAUCCAGAGCGUGUAGAAAGCAUGGACAUUUGGGGAGUGGCUUCUUCCACUGGGCUUCCCUUUGACCUAAGGGUUCUGCUUCAUGCAGGCCACCUUUUGUCCCUAUCAAAAUGGUCUUAAAUGGAAUCGCACCCCACCCCCGCCCCUCCCCUGGGAUCGGAAGGACUGUCCCCCUAGUAGAAGACUUGUGUAGAAUGAAGAACGCUGAUGUAAAGCAAACCGUCAUCCACAUUCCGUGUAGACCCCGUGUUUCUGUAGAGUAGUGCUGCUGACAGUGGGGUCUGCCCCAGAGGGCUGUGUGGGAGCAGGAGAGGCUGUACCAUUCUCAGAUCUGCCUCGGUUUCCGUGCCCCUGACCCUAGAGGCCCAGGCUGAACGAGCCCCACCCCUCGCCUGCUGGGGAGCCCUUGGGAACCCAACUGACUCCUACUGAGCACCAGUCCGCAGCACUCAGGCCCCACCCAUGGAGCUCUUAGCCAGUCAUGCGCAAAAAGCAGCCCCCGUGGGGUCUGUUCUCAAGCAGGCCUCCUCAUGAACUCCAGGAGGGGGAAGGGCAGCAAGUGGUAGUCAGGGGUGGGGUGGGCCGACACGGGGGGGGGGGCUCAGAGGGAGGGGUAGAGGGGUCCAGGGGAAUUUGGGAACUUAAAGGAGGGAGGGCGCCGGAGUGCAGCCACCAACCCAGGACCCUGGGCGAGUCAGCCACACUCCCUGGGGCUGUUUCUCCAUCUGUGAGACUGUGGUAAUAAUAGUUCACCUACCUCAUAGAGAGGCUGUGAGACCACCACCACCUGACCUGGGGUCAAGGCAGGGGAACCCCGAGGGUGCUACCAGGGAGCAAGGUGUUACUAUGGCAGCCGAGAUUGAGGCUUACCUGCCUUCCCCCACCACAGAGUCUCCAGGGGUAGCCGAUGCCUGCCAGGGCCCACCUGUCUCUUCCCAGAGUCCUAGCCCCUUUCCCGGCUUCACCGGCAUCAUCGUGGGCUCCCCAGUCUUAGUUGCUACCUGUCUUGUGACCAUCUCCCCCAUGUACUGCUGUUACGAAUUCCGCCUGCCCCUGGACCCCGACACCUGUCCAUCGGCGCCAGAGGCCAGGGAAGGCACAAUGGAAAACAGCCACAAAAAAGCCAAGGGGUCUCCCAGUCCGGCUGGGGCCUCAGGGGUUGGGACAGGUGGCCGCUGUUUGUAUUGUGUUUGAGUCCUUGAGCGCAAGUGUUUUAUACAAAAUAAAAUAAAAACCCACUAUCACAAAAAAAAAAAAAAGUGGCAGCAAAGAGAAAUGAAGAAAAAACUGAAGGGGGAAAAAUGAAAAACAGAACAAUACAAAUUUGCCACCACACGCACCCUCUAAGCCAGCAAGCUCUCCUCUUUGCAAAAAUCAUAUUUUUGUGGGAAUGGGUCUUGCUUUUUGUGGCAAGGCCUGCUCUGAUUAAUAAAGGAUCGUGAAAAAGUA